CUUUUUUUUUUGUUCAUCACUUAUCAGUAAAAAAUAAAUAAAAUUUCAAUUUCUUGGUCGUUGCCGGUUGAGCUCUUUUCUCUUAAUUCGGAAAUUUCUAUGAUUUGUGGGAAAACCUCUUGAAGUGAUGUUGCUAGACUCUCAUACUAUCUCUACCGUACCUCCUUCGGUCAUAUACAUUCCAAACUUCAUCAAUGCUGAUGAAGAGAAAGAAAUCAUUGAUAAAGUAUAUUCCGCUCCUAAACCGAAGUGGACCCAGCUGAAGAAUCGUAGAUUACAGAACUGGGGAGGAAUUCCUCAUCCUAAAGGAAUGAUACCGGAAAAAAUUCCCGAUUGGUUACAAAAGUAUGUCGACAAAGUAACUGCUUUACAAGUUUUUGAUGAAGGAUCAUCUCCAAAUCACGUAUUGGUGAAUGAAUAUUUAGCUGGUCAAGGCAUAAUGCCUCAUUUAGAUGGACCGUUGUUUUUUCCAGUUGUCACUACCAUUAGUUGCGGCUCUCAUACGAUUCUGAAUUUUUUUCCUUACUCCGGAACUGCCAGCGACGCGGACUUGUCCACCGCAAAGAAAGUAUAUUCUUUAUUACUUGAACCUCGAAGUUUACUGGUUCUCAAGAAUGAAAUGUACAAAAAUUAUAUGCACGGAAUUGAGGAAAUUAAAUCCGAUGAAAUUAACGAUCAGAUUAAUAAUUUGGAUGCGUGCUGUGAAAAAUAUUCCAUAAAAGAAGAUGUUUCCAGAAGUACUAGAAUUUCUCUCACAAUCCGAAAUGUACCAAAGUGUUCUAACUUUAAAUUACGUUUUUGAUAUUUUUUGUUGAACGAAUAAUAAAAAAGUGUACCCGCAAUAAA